AUGUUGAAACAUACGCAGCGGCCGCCAGCGGCGAACGAUGCCGACCAUCGCUACCAGAACAUGCCGCGGCGGCCGCACCACCACCUGCCCCUCAACGUGUCAACCCUGGACUCUUCGAAGCACUCCGUCGGGGGCACCUCGGCGAGCGUCAGCCCUGGUGCACAGCCGGCGACGACUGCGGCUCCAGUGUCAGUGGUUGCCCCCAUACCGGUUGCGUCUCCCCCGAAGCUCGCGAAUGGCAAUGCGACUGGCAUCCCGCCGCCUCGGCCGUCGACCGUCAGGAACCGGAGCACGAGAGCGGCCACUGAGGAGGCCUUGACAUCCCUAGCCUUGUUGUGCCUCGUCAGCCUGCUGCUGGCGCUGCUGGCACUCUUGUUUUUGCUGAAGAUAUCCGCGCCGGCAACUAGUGCUCCCGAGGAGUUUGCAGUGGUGUACGAAGUGACACUUGCGUUGUGUGCGUUGACGCUUUCAUUGAAUCUUUGCUGUUUGCUCGUGUGUGCAAUACAGUUCCUCUUUGCUGUGAAAUUGGUGCACUCACCUUCAGCUCCUAAUGGACGAUAUAUAACCUUCUUUAAACUUCGACAAAGUCUAAAAAAUAAAAAACGGGAUUCCAAGGGCCGUUUGGGUCCUUGGGCAAGGCCGAUUGAGCAAUUAUUUCCGGUCAUCUACGAACUACGUUUUUUUCGACUUUCUGUGGCGAGUCCUCAUCUCGGCGAGUUCUUGGUGAGUAAACUUCAUAACAUGAAUGAGCCCCCUGACGAUCCUGGUGGUGGAUUAACGCCACUGGAGGUCCCUGAGGCCUCCAAUUUUAUUACAUAUCCUCCAAACUGUCCCCCUAGAGAAGAGUCAGAUGGCUCAUUUUUUGACACAGAUGCUUCUGAAAAUACAAAUACUUCCACACUUAAACGUAAACGAGUUUCAGUUAGGAAAAUAUGUAAGCAAUGUAAUAAGAAAAAGCGAAAGCACAGGAAAGUAGAUGGUCCUGUACCUUCGAAUGAAUGUCAGUGUAUUUUUGAUGAUGAAAUGGCUGUGCCUACACAAAGUUUGGGGAAUAACUUCACCCCUCCAGCUCCACUUCACAGCAGCACCCCACUGUUGAAUGAGUCGAAUGUAUCUCAACGUGUCCAGCCUCCACCAACUGAACAGCCUAGUGCCCCGGUUGCUAGGCCUCGAUCAAACAAAUACCUGCAGAAAUCUGCCAUCACGAGAGUCUGCGCCGUCGGGGGUUUCUUUAUAUCCAUACCGGUAUUCUUAACAGGCAUAAUACUCUACACCUUUAUACAAUUCCAUUCAACUCCGGCCAUAGUGACGUCAGUGUUCAUUGGCGUUGGCAUCAUCUUCUGUGGCUGUGCGAUGGUCCACAACGUGUUCGUAUGGCAGAAGGAAAAAACGAACCUCGUUAAGGCCUUCCGGACUCAAGAACUCAACACUACAACAAACACACAGAAUCUAAAUGCGUCCAAUGGAGUAAUAAUUGGCAAUGGACACUUGAACAAUACUGGAAUGGGGAACUUAAGCUUUCACAGUAUGACGGCCGGUGGUGCGUACACGCAUCCGAUCACGCUGUUGCAACAAGGAGGUCCUUAUAUUAUAAGGCCUCCAACAAGCACGCCUCCAGGCGAAGGAGCUGCUACUCCUGGCGUUCCAGCUGCUACCAUCGACUUGAGUCAUGACACGCACGAACUCAGCACUCUUGUAUGA